AUGAAGAAUUUAAUUCUCAUCUGCUUAAUAACUAUGGUCUUAACAUAACAAGUACAACAUAAAAAUCAGUGCAGUAAUUGUGGACAAUUAAAAUGACAGAAUGAUUGUGAAUAAGAAAUUACUGUUACAGGAGCUUGUGAAUUGGUAGCUGCAGCAGGAACAACAGCAGCAAAAUGUUAGAAAAAGACAAGAGUGGAUCCUGUAGCUUCAUUCAAACCUUAUUGUGAGCUUGUUGAUAAGCCAGAAAUAAAUUGUGCUAAGAUAUUAGGAAGUGCCUUUAUCGAUUCAAAAUGUACAUAAUUUGCAGGAUGUCCAGCAUAUGUUAAAACUACAACAACAGAUUGUUAGGCAAUGUCCUUCUUUUGGGUUAGCGAUGGAAAUGCAUGUAUUGAAGCAAAUGAAUGUAAAGAAUACAAUUAACAACAAUGCGAAUCAACUCCAAGUAUUUCAGGUAUUUUCAAAUGUAAUUGGGAUACAAACUCUGGAGCUUGUAGAGAUUACUCUUGUUCAGAAGAAGAUACUAGUUUAAAUACUGAUGAAAAAUGUUCAGUUUAGUUGGCUGGUCGUGUGACAAAAGGUUAAGGUUGUGUUAAUUCUCCAAGACCUGCUUGUGCUACUAAUACAGGAGAUGAUGCUGCUUGUUAAUCAUAUAUUGGAUCAGAUGGAAAUUGUGAAUUAGCAGCUUAUACCACAAAUUGUAUAGCUAAGGAAUGUGCAAAUGCUCUAUUAUCUUUAUCUACUGAUGAUGAUGGCAAAGCAUAUCAAAAGGGAUGUAUCACAACAGGAAAAGGUUGUGUUUUAGCAACAACAAAGCCUUUAUGUUCUACAUAUUCAGGAGAUAAAACUGAUUAGUUAUAACACAAAUUGCGUAAGAUAUUUUGGAGCAGAUGGUAUUUGUAAAGGAGAUGCUGGUGGUUCUAAGUAAUGGCAAAAUAAUAUGAAAUGGUACUUUCAAUACUGAUGAACUUUGCAAAUAAUACCAAGUUAGUUGUAGAACAAAUGGCAAGAAGAUUGUGUUUCAGAAUUAACAGCUUGUAACACAUAUAAAGGUACUGCCACAAUUUGUGCUGUAUAUAUUGGUACUAAUGGAUAUUGCAAAGGAACCAGUACAACAUCUGAAACUUUUUGCUUACCAAAAGUUUGUGAUGAAGCUCCAGAUACAACAACAACUGAUGAGGCUUGUAAUAAAUAUUAAGUUGGAUGUGUCACCACAAGAAAAGGUUGUGUUACAAAAACUAAUUUGAAAUCUUGUACUAUUUAUGAUGGUGAUGCUACUACUCGUUAAUCAAGAGUUGGAUUUGAAGGAAAAUGUAUGUGGAAGAGUGGAACCAAAUGUGUAGCUAGAGAUUGCACAAGUGCAGCAACUAAUUUAAAUACUAAUCCUCUAUGUGCUAAUUAUUUCACUGAUUUUGUUACUACUGGAUCAAGAUGUGUUUCAUAAACUAAUUGUGAUUUGACAGUUAAAUCAUAAAGUUUUGAAGGUACAACCAAUUGUUCAUGUUAACCAAUAUGUACAAGUAAUGCUUAAUGCAGUGAAUUUAAGAAAGAAUCAAUUUUUUUAGCCAAUUCUGCUAGAGUCAGAACUUUUGAUAAAAAUGAUGAUAAUGGAAAUCCAUUAUCCAUAUAUGUAACAAAAAAGUGUGGUUGGUUGAAUAAUGCUUGUAAGGAACUGGCUUGCUUAGAUUUAACAGGUGCUUAUUAAAAUACAGAUGCUAAUUGUGCAGCAGAAUUAUUAACAUGA